AUGCAAGUGUCCAUCGCCUGCACCGAGCACAACUUGAAGAGUCGAAAUGGUGACGACAGACUCAUCAGCAAGCAGAACACCACGACCCCGAACGUAGUGAAUGCAGCCCGGGCAAAAUUUCGGACAGUGGCAAUUAUUGCUCGCAGUUUGGGGACAUUUACCCCUCAGCACCACAUUUCAUUAAAAGAAUCCACCGCAAAGCAAACGGGCAUGAAAUAUAGAAACCUUGGAAAAUCCGGACUGAGAGUCUCUUGCCUUGGGCUGGGGACAUGGGUCACUUUUGGAGGUCAAAUCUCAGAUGAGGUGGCCGAGCAGCUGAUGACCAUCGCCUACGAGAGUGGAGUCAACCUGUUCGACACGGCCGAGGUGUAUGCAGCUGGCAAGGCUGAGGUCAUCCUGGGGAACAUCCUGAAGAAGAAGGGCUGGAGGAGGUCCAGUCUGGUCAUCACAACAAAAUUGUACUGGGGUGGAAAGGCUGAAACAGAAAGAGGGCUUUCCAGAAAACACAUCAUUGAAGGGCUCAAGGCUUCUCUCCAGAGGCUGCAGCUGGAGUAUGUGGACGUCGUCUUUGCCAACCGGCCAGACAAUAAUACCCCCAUGGAAGAAAUUGUCCGAGCGAUGACCCAUGUAAUAAACCAAGGGAUGGCGAUGUACUGGGGGACGUCACGCUGGAGCGCCAUGGAGAUCAUGGAAGCCUACUCUGUAGCCAGGCAGUUUAAUAUGAUACCGCCUGUGUGUGAACAAGCUGAAUAUCAUCUCUUCCAAAGAGAGAAAGUAGAGGUUCAGCUGCCAGAAUUAUACCAUAAAAUAGGGGUCGGAGCCAUGACAUGGUCUCCACUAGCCUGUGGGAUCAUCUCAGGGAAAUAUGGCAACGGGGUCCCUGAAAGCUCAAGGGCUGCAUUAAAGUGCUACCAGUGGCUGAAGGAGAAGAUCAUCAGCGAGGAAGGCAGAAAGCAGCAGGUGAAGCUGAAGGACCUGUCGCCCAUUGCCGAGCGCCUCGGGUGCACGCUCCCGCAGCUGGCUGUCGCAUGGUGCCUGAGAAAUGAGGGAGUGAGCUCUGUCCUUCUAGGAUCUUCCAACCCAGAGCAGCUGAUAGAGAACCUCGGAGCCAUACAGGUCCUUCCAAAGAUGACAUCCCAUAUCGUAAAUGAAAUAGAUAAUAUUUUGGGAAAUAAGCCCUACAGCAAGAAGGACUACAGAUCCUAGUGCGAUGCAUGAAUUCCCUGGACUGCAUGGUUUAAAAAGUGCUCUGUGCAGAAUUGCAGCCCCGAGUUAAUCUCUGGUCAUGAGAAUCAUUCAGCAGCCUGCUGCUCGGUGUCUACUGUCACUGGAUCCUUCGAGAUGUGUGCUGUUGCUACUAAUCUGCAGUGAAAUUUAAAAGCACAGUUGAUCUCUCUUCUAACCAAGAAUAAUCUUGUAUUUUCUUACCUUCGACUGAAUCCAUUAAUUUUUACUUUACUCUUAGCACCUCAUGCUUGUGCUGUGAAAAACACUUGUAAAGCAAAAAAUUUAUAAUCUUCAGGUACUUGGUAAUUAAAGAAGGAUGUACAGAUCUAUUUUUUCAAUGAAGAAAAGCCAGAUACAACUUAAGAUUUUAAUAAAACCACAUUUGGGAAAUCUCA